UGUUGACGCGCGUGUGCUAAAUUUGAAACAUAAAAAUAUGGAUCUUUCAAAAUUCUAGUUGAUUUAUUGAAAAUAAACAUAAAACAAUUUAAUUACCAUUAGAAAUAGAAAUGUGAAAUUAUUUAUGAGUUUACAAACUUCGUCCGCAGAUCAACGGCGAAGUAAUUCGGCCAUCUGACCUCCAUCAUGGAACAAGAAGAUGAAUUCAAGCCUCAGUUUAAGAUAUCCUCAGACGAAUUACCCAAAAUACACAAAAAAUGCAACCACAACCGUCCACACACCAGUCCACAUGUAUCAACAGAAACAACUAUUCCGUCUACAUCGGGCCUUCAAGCAGAGCAAGACAAGGACAGUAUGAGAAAAAAUGACGACGAAACAAAUGACAGCAAAGAGAAAGAAAAUGAGGGCUCAGUAUCAGAUUGGGUAUCGGGAGGACCGAUUGGAUCCAAGGUCGCUGUACUCGUAUUUAGAUCCUGCGUCCUCGCAUCACGAACGCCCUCGAUGGAAUCAACGACGAAAACCGUCGGAAACAAUACAGGGACCACGAUAUUAUUAAACAAAGCAAAGAACAUGGCGAAAAGAUUAGUUGCAGAACCGCAUGCAUUCAGUGUUAGGCCAAAAAAUAUAAUGCACGAUGUGAUGGAAACGUUCGGAAAUAGCAAUAAGUUUACAGGGCAAGCCUAUGUUGUGAGGCACGUUAGUGAAGCUGAGAUGCCUGAAACGAUGUCCAUCGAAGAGCAAGGACAUGAACCGACUGAACACAAGAGAGAUAUCGAAGACGUCCUCAAUGAUCUGAGUAAGAUAACGCUAUAUAUAAAGAAGAAUCUCAACAUCGAAAACACAACUGCCAAUAUUAAACCACCAGAAGAACCACCACCAACCAAAGAUAUAAAAGAAGAAAAAAAAGGGAAAAAGAGUAAAGGCAAGAAUAAACGGAAGAAUUCUCACAUACAAAGGACUUUAUCUCCGACGUUAGAAAGCGACGACUCCGAACACAUGCUAGUUAAAGACGUUGAUAGCGUCAAGGUACUAGAGAGUUGUCACAUGCCAGCUCGCGUUCUAAAAAUCACUUACAAGCUAGUCAACACUGAGACCAAGUUAUUGCACCGUCUCCUUCAAGCACACGGACUUCAAGAAGCCUCGCAGGAUGCAAAGGAUUUUAACCUCAUGUGGGCUGGAUUGCAUCCAAAGCCUGACGUGCUGCGAUCUCUCACGCCUUACCAACGAGUCAACCAUUUCCCUAGGUCUUACGAACUAACUCGCAAGGACAAACUCUUCAAGAAUAUCGAGAAGAUGCAAUACUUCCGCGGCCUGAAGCACUUCGACUUCAUACCGACCACGUUCCUGAUGCCUGUCGAGUAUAAGGAGCUUUGCACGACGCAUUACAGGACGAAGGGACCUUGGAUCGUCAAACCGGCUGCUUCUAGUCGAGGUCGGGGUAUUUACAUCGUGAAUACGCCUGAACAAAUACCGAAAGGGGAGAACGUCGUAGUGGCGAAGUAUAUCGACAAACCUCUCCUUAUUGGAGGACACAAGUGCGACCUUCGUCUGUACGUGUGCGUUACGUCUAUAGAUCCUCUGCUGAUCUAUCUCUAUGAGGAAGGACUCGUGAGGUUCGCCACGGUGAAGUAUGACAAGACGAAUAAGAACCUCUGGAAUCCGUGCAUGCACCUCUGCAACUACAGCAUCAACAAAUACCACACGGAUUACAUCAAGUGCGACGAUCCCAAUGCUGGUAAUAUCGGCCACAAGUGGACUCUUUCGGCUCUACUCCGCCACCUCCGCAAGCAAGGCCGGAAUACAGCUGCAUUGAUGGCUGCCAUCGAAGACCUGGUGGUGAAGUCCAUUCUUUCGUCUGCUCAAACCAUCACAGCCGCUGCGAGGGUAUUCGUACCCAGUCAUUUCAAUUGUUUCGAAUUAUUUGGAUAUGACAUACUCAUAGAUGACAUGCUGAAGCCUUGGUUACUGGAAAUCAACUUGUCGCCUAGCUUGGCUUGCGAAAGUCCACUGGACGCUCGAGUCAAGUCGGCGCUUCUAGCGGACACGUUGACGCUGGUCGGGCUGCCGGCCGUGCCCAUGUCUAAAAACGAGGCGUCGCCACAGAGCAACUCGCUUAGAAUGAGAAUAGGAGCUUGCCGCAGAGUCCACUCGGCCGAGAACACGUGCGUGCGUGGCAAGGCGGCGGCCGGGCCGGCGCCGGGCGCGGCCGGGUCCGGCGGGCCGGGCGGGACGGGCGGCGCGCUGACGGGCGACGAGCUGCGGCUCGUGCGCGCCGUGCGGGCGCAGUACGCGCGGCGCGGCGGGUUCGUGCGGAUCUUCCCCAGCCAGAACUCGUGGCAGAAGUACGCGCAGUAUCUCGACCCGGUGACGGGCGUGCCCGUGUGCUCCACGUCGCUGAACAACAACGCGCCGUACACGGUGGUGCAGCACAACUACAACCUGCUGGUGCACUCGCACGUGUUGCCGCACUUCCAGCACGCCACCGUCGCCACCAGCCUCACCGACACGCCGCAAAGACUGCAGCGCUACGAGGCGGCGUGCAUCGCGGGCGCGGCGCCGGCCGUGCAGCUGGACGCGCAGCCGCCGCCGCCCGCCGCCGACGCGCGCCGCGCCAAGCACCUCGUCAAGCAGCAGCUCGCCGACGGCCUGCGCCUCACCACCGGCGAGGUCCGUCGCGCCUUCGGCCUGUACCUGACGCACGUGCUGAAGCGCAUCUCGUCGCCGAGCAACGAGCUGGGCGUGCAGCACGCCGCGCUCGUGCUGCGCUUCCUGCGCCGCGCCUCCGCCUCGCUGCGCAUGCCUUACAAUGUAAAGGGUCCCCCGGCGAAGAUGUGCGACAAGGACCGAUGCGCCGUUAUCGCCAAGCAGCUCAACGAUUUCCUCUACAUGUACUACCGCGAGACCGACCUCUACACCGACAGUGAGGAUCGCGACGGCUGCGUUUCCAAUAUACACUUCGCACAAUUCCUCUACUCGGCGAGCGAAGCCGAUUUAGAAGAUGUGUUGUUGCUGCUCUUACGCAUGGAAAAUUAUGUCGCGACAUUCCUGGGCGACGGUCGCGGGAGCGCCUUCUGCAUCGACCUGCCGCCAGAGAAACGUGCGCCUUCCCCCCCGCGACACACACUGCUGCGACACCUCGCCGCGCUCGCACAUCUCAACUGCAGACGAUACCGACCAGAAACAGAGACAUCGAGCAGGUCAGAGCCCGAGGAACCGGCGUCUACAGAGAGUGUCCCGCCACCGCCCUACACCAGCUCGGAUUUGGUGAUCAAGGAUUCACUCAAGCAGGAAAAACCUCACAACCUGGCCCUUAAGUACGCCAGAUCAUAGCGACGUAAUGCUUACCAUACAAACUUUUACCUAAUAGCCGGGGAUAUCUAACGUACAUGACCAACCGAAUGAGCGUUGACAAUAAAAACUAGAAUGUUACGCGAGUUAAAAAAAAAAAGCAAAAAGUUCUGCCAUUAAUCCGAACCUCCUUUAAUAUAAAUAAUUUUAAAAAAAUCGUUACUUUACAAUGUACUACGCUCCUGCCCAUUUAUUUUAGAGAAACGCUCGAUACUUUUUCCAAUGUCUACCCAUCCUAAUAUUUUUUCUCUUAUAAUGUCACAAUUAUAAUAUCCUUGAAUCAUUUAUUUAUAGCAAUAAAUGAAUUUAUUCCUAGUUACCAUUAUAGUAAGGAUCAUUUCUUCUACUUAUUAAAUAUAAGCAGUGAUUUCCUAUCGAUCAUUAAGAGCUAAACACUGCCCUCUACAUUAAAAAAGGUAUUUCCACUGCAAAUUUAUCAUUAAUUUAAAUUCCUAACAUUUAAAUAAAAAUAAAAUAAAAUCUCUGUCACAAAAAAAAUUAUAUCCUUACCAAGAGCAAAUGUUCCUCAUAAGUAGGUAAUUUAAAUAAAAAUCUUAACUCAACUUUAAACGAUCGCUUUUCAAUCUUGUUAAAUAAAAGUUUUACUUAAACGACACUAAACUUAUAUUCAUAAAUUAAAUCCAGUGGGGAAACUCUAAAUGGAUCUAGUUAUACAAAAAGUAUCCGCGACGCCUUUGAGAUAUGGUACAAAAAGUGCACAGUUGUGAUUGUUAGUAACUAAACGUUUUUAAUACUAGCGGUAACGGUUAAAACCAAAGAAUACAGAUUAUAUUUACAGAGAUGUACCUGGCACUGUAGGCUAUUUGAUGUAAUGAAUACUUAAGGUGCUAUGUGGAACGAACAUCAGUGUUAGUUAUAAGGUGUUAUACCGUCACAGAUUAUAAUAAUCAUUUACAAAAUAAAUAAAAACCUCAUUUUUAAAUUUAAUUUAAAUGUGUGUAAUGUGUUCUGUAAUAUAGGGUUUUAAAUAUUGCAAGUAUUUUGGCUGAUGCAUUUUUUUUUUUGUUGUUCUGCUGACGGUAUUAUCAGACGCCAUUUUAAAUUAACGUAGACUGAGCUAGCGGUAGUGAUGUACUUAAUUACUACGAUUCUCUUUUGUUAUUAAAUCUGGAGAAUUAAUUUAUAAACUAUUUAAUUCCUCCGUUUUUAUUUCCAUUCCUUCAUUUUAAUAAAAUUUAAUCUGCUUUCAUGUUGUAUAAGGACUUAUAUAAGGAAUAUUACAUAAACCUCAUUUAUUCAAUCUGUAUUAUUUUAUCUUCUUGUUAGUGAUUCGAUAACCGAUGCUAGUCGAUGACCAUAACAUUGAAAUUAUAAAGAUUUAGUAUUAUAAUUGAAAUUUUAAUAAUUUAUUUAAAAAAAUAUAUUUAGUUCAGAUAUUUUUUAUUUUAAAUAUUGUUUUCAAACAGCUUUUAAGAAUACCUUACUACACCAAAGUAUCGUUGGCAGCUAAGCUGAUUUAUAAAUGUAAUAAUCUAUUUUAUUAAAUUAAUUUGGUAUUUUAAAAUAUUGUUUACUCGGUAUAAUUUAUAAAUGUAAUCUUAAUAUAUUUACUUAUGAAUUUUGAUAUAUAAUCCAAAAUUAAAACAUUUGGUUCCGUGCAACAUAUUUAACUUAUUUCGUAAAGUAAUCGUAUAUAUUGUUUGUGGCUCGACAUACAGUAACGUCCAUAAACAUUGGAGCUUAUAUCGGUAUGACUUAGUCAUAAGUAGUACCCUAAGCAAUACAAAGCAGUGUUCAUUCAAUGCUUAGGUGAUAGUGUUCUGUUGACAAGUGAAGCUUUGCUUGAGUACAGUGUGAUAAGUAAUGUAAACUCCCAGACAGCAAUUUUAAUCUCGGUGAAAUUAUAUUUUCAAUACGCUGAAAUAAAUCAUUAAAAAAUA